AUGCACGUCUCUCGUGCUGCCGCCCAUCCAUGGCACGACCUGUCCAUCGGCGACAAUGCGCCAGAUAUGUUCAAUGCCGUGAUCGAGAUCCCGCGAGGAUCCAAGGUCAAGUACGAGUUGGACAAGGAGACAGGCCUCAUACAGGUGAAUCGAGUGCUCUACUCCUCGGUUGUGUACCCACACAACUAUGGCUUCAUACCUCAGACCUACUGUGAGGAUGGUGACCCGCUGGACGUCCUGGUUCUUAUGCAGGAGAUGGUGGUUCCGAUGUGCUUCCUCAGGGCCACGCCCAUUGGAGUGAUGCACAUGUACGACGGGGGGGAGCGUGACGACAAGAUAAUCGCAGUGCACGCGGAUGACCCGGAGUACCGGAACAUCAAGGACAUCGCCGAGCUAUCACAGCACCGCCUGAUCGAGAUCCGUAGGUUUUUCGAGGACUAUAAGAAGAACGAGAACAAGACUGUGAGAGUGGACACCAUAGACGGCGCCGAGGUUUCAAAAAAAGUAAUCCAGGAGGCGAUGGACUCCUACAUCGACCUGUGGGUGCCCAAGAUGCGGAGGGACGGCAGGCGCCGCGGUGGCUCCGGCGGUUCGGACGCGGCGGACGCCGGCUGA